UUACUGCGAGUGCUUAAUAUAAAGUCUCUGCUCUGCUUUUCCCCCAGGCCAGCGUCAUGUGUCCUCCACUGCAGUGCCUAAAUAUGGGCUUCCUCCACUCCAAAUAUGGACAUCUACGUCACGGCAAGAGGGUAUAAAAGAAGCGGGGAAACCUCUCAGCUCAGAGAGCCCUGAGAGCCCACAAGAGCAACUGUUAGAGCAGAGCUAGAUAGACAAACACAUAGAACUCCCUAACUCAGACAUAUCACAACAAAAGUAAAAAGUAAAUUCAAAACAACAUCCAUCCAAGAAGUCAUUUAAUACACAGAAAAAAAAUCAAGAUUAAUCUGUUGAUUAAUUUUGAUGAAUCUUAGGGAAUGAGUAUAAAGGACACUUUUGAUUUCUUCUGAAAAGACAAGUGGAUCUUUAUUCAUCUCUGAGAAAAAGGAAAACAACAGGACAGCUGGAAAACGAGAGCGGAGCAAAGCAGCAAACAGAUCUUCCUCGGCAUCAGCAGAAGUGUGCAGCGCUCCCUGAGCUGGGCUAAGUGUUUUCCUCCACCUGCGAGGCACCACUCUACCAGCGUGCAACCAGCCUCUGUGCAUUCCUCAUCAGUCACCAGCGCAGCCUCAGCCCUGCAGCUCAAGCACCAGCAGAGGAUGGCUGCAGCCAAGACCGAGAUGAUCCUCCCAGCCCUGCAGAUCUCAGAACCUUUGAGCUUCCCUCACUCCCCCAUGGAUAACUACCCCAAGCUGGAGGAGGUGAUGAUGAUCAGCUCUGGGACCCCCUUCCUUACCGCCUCCGCACCUGAGGGUGCAGGUUUUGGCUCCGGAGAGCCAGGGGAGCAGUACGACCACCUUGCUGGAGAUACGUUACCUGAUAUCCCCUUUAACUGUGAGAAACCAGUGUCAGAGCAGACCUACCCCACCCAGAGGCUGCCCCCCAUCUCAUACACAGGCCGCUUCACCCUGGAGCCCGCCACCUCCUGCAGCAACAGUCUCUGGGCAGAGCCUAUCCUGGGUCUGUUCACCGGUCUGAUGAGCAACGUCCCCCCAAGCUCCAGCUCCUCCUCUGUUGCUUCACAGACCACCUCAUCCUCCUCUUCAACAGCCCCGUCCUCCUCCUCUUCCUCUGCUUCUACCUCUUCCUCAUCUCAGAGCUCCAGCCUCAGUUCCUCCAUCCACCAUAGCGAGCCAAAUCCCAUCUACUCAGCCGCCCCAACCUACUCAAGCCCCAACUCUGACAUCUUUCCUGAUCAGGGCCAGGCUUUUCAAACUUCUACUGGAGCAGUGCAGUAUCCUCCUCCUGCCUAUCCCAAUGGCAAGACCUGCAGCACAAGCUUUCCCGUUCCCAUGAUUCCUGACUACCUCUUUCCCCAGCAGCAGGGAGAGAUCAGCCUGGUGCCCCCUGACCAAAAGCCCUUCCAGAGUCAGUCAAGUCAGCCUUCCUUGACUCCUCUGUCCACCAUCAAGGCCUUCGCCACCCAGACUGGUUCCCAGGACCUUAAGAGUGUCUACCAGUCCCAGCUGAUUAAGCCUAGCCGCAUGCGCAAGUAUCCCACCCGGCCAAGCAAGACACCUCCGCACGAGAGGCCCUACGCUUGUCCCGUAGAAACCUGCGAUCGGCGUUUCUCACGCUCAGAUGAGCUGACACGUCACAUCCGCAUCCACACAGGCCAGAAACCCUUCCAGUGCCGCAUCUGCAUGCGCAACUUCAGCCGCAGUGACCACCUGACAACACAUAUCCGCACUCACACUGGCGAGAAGCCUUUUGCCUGUGAGAUCUGCGGACGCAAAUUUGCUCGCAGUGAUGAGAGGAAGAGGCACACAAAGAUUCACCUACGGCAGAAGGACAAGAAGGCAGAGAAGGCAGGAGCAGUGGUAGUAACUGCAGCACCAGUAUCGGCAGCUUCACCCGCCUCCAGCUAUCCAUCUCCCAUCACCUCCUACCCCUCUCCAGUGUCCUCCUACCCUUCACCCGUCACCUCCUGCUACUCCUCUCCCGUCCACACCUCUUACCCAUCUCCUUCAGUUGCCACUACCUACCCAUCAGUGUCCAUGUCCAACACCUUUCAGUCCCAGGUGGCCUCGUCCUUCCCCUCAUCGGUCGCUUCCAACAUCUACAGCUCCCCCAUCCCCACUCCACUAUCAGACAUGCAGACCACUCUCUCCCCAAGGACAAUCGAGAUCUGCUAAGAAAGAGCAAAGAGAAAAACUUUUUAAAGUCUCUCUGCACCCCUCCUUCCUUAAGGUUCUUUGACGGGAAAGAAAUCAGCAUCAAAAGACUUUGUUUUCCCCUCCAAAAAGCACUUUUCUGUGUGCUCCCUGUGCAGUGUUAGGUGAAUCUUGAGAUUUACCUGAAAGAGUGAAAAAGACAUGUGUCAAGGACUGGGCAAAGACUAUAGAAGAUAAAAAGGGAUUUUUUUCUGUCUUUGUAAAACAAAUGCAGCACUUCAAAUGCAUAAGGGACUCAAGAAAUGGGGAGUAGAAGCCAGCACUGACGGGUCUCUGUGAUUAGGUACAAAAAACCAAGAGACAAACCAGUACGGAGAAGAUUUCCAGCAGUUGAAGUGCAAAGGCACAUUUGCCCUUGUAGGCACUCAAAUAUUACAAAAGACACUGAAUGAUAUACAUAAGCUACCAUAUAUGUAUAUUGUACAUGUGCCAUGUUUUGUUUUUAUCAUUCUUUGGUACCAUUGAUGUGAAAAAUUAUUUGCAUAUUUGCAUUGUAUUAUUUGAAGUGAGCAGGGCCAUAUUUUCUACAUAUUUUCUCUAUUAUGUAGUGAUGAUGCUGUGAUACGUUUUGACAUUGUUUGAAAAAAAGCACUUAAGUAUUCAAGCAUGAGUAAGAGUGAUGUUAGUUUCUGUUGUAAAUAUCAUCCACUGGUACUAUCUCUUUCUCUCUUUCUCACAUGUAACAUAUCGCUUGGAUAUAUGGAAAAAUAGAGAAAAGAAAAAAACAUUUUUAAAAAACUAAACAAGACAAACGCUCCCGUUAUUUGGUGCCUUUUGUGAAGCCUUGCUGAUGUUGUGACACGGCUGUGCACGAGAGAGGAUGCACUGCAUCUCGCCUUAAGGGUUGAGGGAAUAUUUUUGUUACAGAAUGUAAGUCGUACUCAGAGGGAGGAAAAGGGACGAGGUAUGAGGGCACCGCUUCAUUUCGUUAGAAUGUAAGCAAAAAGGAGAAAAAUAAUAAAGUAUAUUUUUGUAAAACUUAAGUGUAAAUAUCCACAUCUUCAAGAGCUGGAAUGUUGAAGUUACCUACUGAGUAGGCAUGGGAUUCUUUUGUAUGUUAUAUACAUGCAGUUCAUUAUUUUGUGGUUAUCUUUAUUUUGUAUUUGUGUUUGUUAAAACAAGUGACUGUUUCUGGCUUCUAAACACAUUGAAUGCGCUUAACUGCCAAUGGGAUAUUUGGUGUACAAGAUAUCCUCCCAGAAAUGAAAUAUAAAUAAAAAUAUGAAUAUAUAUGUA